GCUUCCAGUGCUCCUGUAUCAGACACCAUCGCGUAUGAAAGCCGAAUGUCGCUAUCAGCCGCUCGUUUAAACUUCUAAGAAAAAAGGCGCAGCAGCAGCAGCCGAGCGGGGCUGAGUAGGCAACGGCGAAAGGCGGAAACGGUUUCCCUAUGGUUUGUUCGUGCGAGGAGCCGGUCUCGGUGUCGGUCUGAAGGGGGGUUGUGUUAUCCGAGUAUGGCCACCGAGAACAGGAUCAAUUUUUGGAGGAGAAACGCAAAGGUUCCCGGAAGGUAUCCCAAAGACACAAAGCCCAAGUUCAACAAUCUCAAGUCUAAAAAGGCCUCUAGCUUUCACGAGUUCGCCCGCAGCACCAAUGACGCUUGGGACAUCGACGAAGAGGAGGACGAGGAUUUCCUUGGGACCCCAGCCCAAACUUCCUCCCAUCCAUCAGGCCUCCAUUCUUCGUCCACACAGAACCAGCUGCAGCAGAACCAGUCCAGGGACACAGAAACCAGGGUGGCAGACAGUCUUGAGACAGACGAUCAAGACCUCCAGGAUGCGUGGGAGGAGGACGCGGAGUGCGAGCACGUCAACGGCAAGGUUGUCAAGUCUAGCAGUGACGUCCAUCUCAACACGUCCUCAGUUCGCUCCACACCACAGAAGCAGCAGUCUCUCCCAGUUCGUCCCAUCAUUCCACUGGUGGCCCGCAUGUCGGACCAGAACGCGUCGGGAGCACCACCCAUGACAGUGAGGGAGAAGAGCCGACUGGACAAAUUCAAGCAGCUGCUGGCUAGUCCCAACACUGACCUCGAGGAACUCCGGAAGCACAGCUGGUCGGGCAUACCAAGAGAAGUCCGGCCAAUCACGUGGAGGCUUCUCUCUGGCUACCUGCCGGCCAACAAGGAGCGCAGAGAGCUGGUGCUUAAAAGGAAGCGAGAAGAAUACUUUGGCUUCAUAGAGCAGUAUUACCACUCCAGAACAGACGAUCACUAUAAAGACACAUACAGACAGAUCCACAUCGACAUUCCAAGAACCAACCCUCUGAUUCCCUUGUUCCAGCAGCCCGUAGUACAAGAGGUGUUUGAGCGUAUCCUGUUUAUCUGGGCCAUCCGUCACCCAGCCAGCGGUUACGUACAGGGAAUCAAUGAUCUGGUCACACCCUUCUUUGUGGUCUUCCUCUCUGAGUUUGUCAAGGAUGUGGAGAACUUCGAGGUGGCAGCGCUGCCUUUGGACACCCAGAGAAACAUCGAAGCUGACAGCUUCUGGUGCAUGAGCAAGCUGCUGGAUGGAAUACAGGACAACUACACCUUUGCUCAGCCUGGAAUCCAGAACAAAGUGAAAGCUUUAGAGGAGCUGGUCAGCAGGAUAGAUGAGGACAUUCACAAUCAUUUCAAGAGAUAUGAGGUGGAGUAUCUGCAGUUUGCUUUUCGGUGGAUGAACAAUCUGCUGAUGAGGGAGCUGCCGCUCCGUUGCACUAUUCGUCUCUGGGACACCUACCAGGCUGAAGCAGAGGGUUUCUCCCACUUCCACCUCUACGUCUGUUCUGCUUUCCUCAUUGAGUGGCGCAAAGAAAUCCUCUCCAUGGUUGACUUUCAGGGCCUUCUCAUGCUACUGCAGAACCUCCCCACAAUCCACUGGGGCAACGAGGAAGUUGGUCUCCUCCUGGCUGAAGCUUAUAGACUGAAGUACAUGUUCGCAGACGCACCCAGCCACUACAAGAGAUAGGCCUGAGGCCGCCUCCCAGCAAGCACAGUCUCCCCUUAGAUCAAACCAGACUGUGACUGGAGGGACCCCCAGUAUUCUAGACACGAGACACUCCAGACGUCCAUGUGUUGUCUUUGAGGGGACCUGGAAGAGACUGACCAAGCCACAACUUCUCCUGUGAAAAUGAAGUCCAGUGAAUGUCACUGUGGAUUUGGGUUAAUGGUGCUCUCACAGAGCUCCGUGAAUAUGAGACUAUUUGCAGUGGAUGGACUGCACUGUAUCAAUGGACUGUUACAGUAUGAUAACCACAGAUAUGCUACCUUGGUUUACUUUUACAGCGUAUGGUCAUGCAACAUAAAUUGUCUCAUGUGAAACGUACACUCAGAAGAACACGCUGUGAUAUAAAGGGAUGAUGAUUUUAGUGAAGAUUGCGUCCACAUAUUCUAUUUUCUUGUUUUGAAGAUAUGUUUUGGAAGUUGUUUUAGAACUCUUAUAUGUAAAACAGGCAAAUACUUUAUUUUCUCUUUUAAAACCUAUUUAGUCUGACACUGUCAAGCUGUUAUAAAUAAGAUGGACCGUCCCUUAUGUUUUGGUUCAGGGUAACCAAAUAUGCACUGUACAAUCAACAUAUAAACAUCCUUAUUUUCGACUUCAGUGAGUCGGUACAAUUGGUUGCCAGUACGUUGAUCUGAAAUGUAAUAGGUACUAGACCUAAAAGUAGCAAAUAGUAGGUAUUGUCUUUUGUUUUAAAAGUGGAGAAACUGAUUUGGUAUCAGUUGGCAUUGGUUAUCCUAAAACAGCAUCUUCAUUCAUUCAGUUAGUGGUACAAUUAUAAUUGAACCGCCUCUGAUAGAGAAGGAAUGAUGGAGUCCUUAUGGUUAAUGUAGCUUUGAAAUUCCUUGCUUGAUUAUUUUAUGUUGAAACUGACUGAGAUAAUUCUACUUUUUAUUUUAUUUUAUUUUUUACGGAAUAAAAAUUUAGUAGGAGAUUCUGGCACAUAGUAUCACUGACACAAAUAGAGACCAGUAACGACAGGUCUGUUUUGACCUGAACCAUUUUAAAACUCCUUUCUUAAUGCAUAAUGAUGUAAAUGGUCGUUAUACCCACUAUCCGGAAGUAUCUGAUUGGAUACCUGUGGUUACUGUAAAUACUGCAUAUGCAUAGAGGUAGUCAACAUGUUUGAUAUCCUCAGUUGAGGAUAAUUUUAGUAAUUGUUUAUGGGGUUGAAGAUCUUUUUUUUUUUUUUU